UUCCCGAAUCUAAUUCUUCAGGACCACCUCUUUUUAUCCUCCAUACCGUAAUAAUCCAAUCAGAUUCCAUUAAUUAAUUUGGCCCCUCUGAUUUCCCUUUCUAGAAUUGUUUGUACGCCAUGACCUCCACCUCUGCUGCUUCACGAAAGGCUUUGAGCAAGAUUGCAUGCAAUCGCCUACAGAAAGAGCUCACUGAAUGGCAGGUGAAUCCGCCAUCGGGUUUCAAGCGCAAAGAAACCGAUGACCUCCAGAGAUGGGUAAUUGAAGUAAACGGUGCACCAGGGACGCUGUAUGCAGGUGAAACAUACCAGCUACAGGUUGAUUUUCCGGAGCAUUACCCGAUGGAAGCGCCUCAGGUUAUAUUUAUACCUCCAGCCCCACUUCACCCUCACAUUUAUAGCAAUGGGCAUAUAUGUCUAGAUAUUUUGUAUGACUCGUGGUCCCCAGCUAUGACUGUUAGUUCAAUUUGCAUCAGCAUUCUCUCCAUGUUAUCGAGCUCGCCUGCCAAGGAACGUCCGGCCGACAAUGAUCGCUACGUGAAAAAUUGUAGGCACGGAAGAUCUCCAAAGGAGACGAGAUGGUGGUUCCAUGAUGAUAAAGUCUAGUAACUGAAUUAACUGAACCCCAUAAUACCAACUCGUAUAUGGGUUGGAAAUGUUGUAUUUCUUCCCUUUUGAAAAGAUUAGGGACUGAAAAUACUGUAAAAGAGCCACCAAAAAAAAAAAAAAAGAGGAAAAAAGAAGGUUCCCUUUCAAUAUGAAUCGCUCUAAAUGACAUGGAGGCAUUAAAGAAAACAUUUAGAAAGCUGCUGGGGACUAUUAUGCCAAGGUAGUUGUGUAGUAGUGAUGUUUCUCUACGGUCAUGUGUGAAGUUAAAGGCAAGAAAUCUCAAAUGAGGUAAAUUUGCUUUUCCAUUGCCAUAUUGCAAUUAUCUGUGAAACACGUUUUCUGAAGUUGUUUAAUGCUGAUUAGGGAUGGCAAUUAGUAUGUAGUUGUGUUAUGGAUGAUUGAACUAAGUCGGACGCUCGAUGCUAAGUUCUUCUGGUGAUCAUUGAAGACAUAUUUAUAUACUUAUGACUACACAGUAGUAGAUAGAAAAAUUGACAAAUUC